AUGGCCCCUCAGACAGUCACCCCCAACACGAGCAACCCGUACAACUUCCCGGUCUACCCUGCGGAGGUGUACCUGACAAACGAGUUCUGGCUCAAGAAGAUGUCCUACUUCCUUGACUACAUUGACAUUGACCAGAAUGGGCAGCUGAGUCAGAACGACAAGGAUCUCUGGGUGACAAGGACCAUUGCGGAGAUCUCCAAGCCUCUGAGCCCUGAGGAGGUGCAGGCUUUUAAGACCGGGGUGGAUCACGCCUGGGAGUGGUACGGCCUCAUGCCCGACGGUCCCCCAAUCACCAAGAAGGAAAGCAUCAAGCACAUGGCGGAGGUCACAUUGCAACCCGGUUGUGUCGAGCAUAUCAAGACGAUCAGUGACAGGUGGUUCAACCUGCUUGACGAAGACCAGGACGGCGUUGUGAGCUGGAAGGAGUUCCUAAAGAUGCAGAAGGGCGUGGGGCGCGACCUCUCGGCCGACGCCAAGGUGUGCUUCGAGGCGAUCGACGAAGACGGCAACGGCGCCAUCUCCAAGGACGAGUGGGGCGCGGCCGCGCGCGGGUUCUUCAUUGGGAUCGACCCCAAGUCCCCCUCCAGACUGUUCUGGUGCGACUUCGACAAGGUGGAAGCGAGCGUUGAGGUGCCGGCGCUCGCCUGA